UUUAUUGCGAGAUUUCGGUGUCAUGGAUGGUGAUUUUAGUGUCUCCAAUUUUGUGCUUUCACAUAUCAAUGUUGCGGACGAGUUUAACGUUGAUAUAUCUUCUAGUUCGUUACGCGUGGCUCCUCACUGUUUUGGAGAGACUGAUAGCCCCGGCGCCAACUAAAUUGCGGUAUGGCUGGUUGAAUUUGAGGCCGUCGAUCGACCCUCUAACAGCCCGGCUUUAUGCGAGGGCUACAGAGCUUUUGGAAAUGAAAAGCAGAUUUGAGGAUCUAGGGAACCAACUCAAGUCUACGAACCACCCUGCUUCGGCUUUUCUACUCGAAUCUCAUGACAAGGACCUCAAAUGUCUUGACAAGGCCCUUUACAAGGAGUUGGAGUUGUGUGGGAUUCUGACUUCGGAGAACAUAAGAGACAGAAAAGAUAAAUGACUGAAAAAGCUCAUCACAUGGUGGCAAUGCAUGCAUGUUAUGUUUGUUCAGGACUAGGUUUUAAUUGUUUGCUUAGUUGUUUGUUUGUUAAUUACAUGGUAGUUGUUUUUUUUUUUCUA